AUGGAUGAGAAGCAGGGGACCUCUACCGGUUCAGAUGCGGACACUCUUAAUUCAAGCUAUGAGCAGAGUCGGGAAUGGAUCCGACAUAGCAACCCCCAGGGUGUUGUUUCUCACGACUCGGGCGUCAAUGUGGAGAGGGCCGAGCAGGAAUUUGCUGAACUGAACAGGGAGUUUUCUAACAUCUCUUACCAGGUUCAGCGGCUUUCCAAGCAUGCAUCUAGGAACUCAAAGACUGAAAUCCACGGCAAGGAUGUUGAGCGGUCUGCCAGCUCGACGGAUUCUGUAGAGCCCUGGGAUCUUGAGGCUGCUCUCCGGGGGAACCAGGCGGCCGAGGUAGAGGCUGGGAUCAAGAGCAAGCACAUUGGUGUUAUCUGGGACAAACUCACUGUUCGUGGGAUCGGCGGCUCCAAAAGCUUCAUCAAGACCUUCCCUGACGCCAUCGUGGAUUUCAUCAAUGUACCCGGUUUGAUCAUGGACUGGACAGGCCACAGCAACAAGGGAAAAGAAUUUGAGAUUCUCAAGGACUUUCGCGGGGUGUUACGCCCCGGCGAGAUGGUGCUCGUUCUGGGUCGUCCAGGCUCUGGCUGUACCACAUUCCUCAAAUCGAUCACGAAUCAACGCUUUGGCUACACUGGGGUGGAUGGCGAGGUUCUGUACGGCCCGUUCGAUCAUAAAACCUUCUCCAAAAGGUUCCGCGGCGAAGCCGUCUACAAUCAAGAGGAUGAUGUUCAUCAGCCAACCCUGACCGUCAAGCAAACACUUGGUUUCGCGUUAGAUACAAAGACCCCUGGCAAGCGGCCACUGGGUGUGUCCAAGGAAGAAUUCAAAGACAAAGUGAUUCGCAUGCUGCUCAAAAUGUUCAACAUCGAACACACUGCAAAUACCGUCGUAGGAAAUCAAUUCAUUCGAGGUGUUUCUGGAGGAGAGAAACGUCGCGUCAGUAUCGCAGAGAUGAUGAUCACUUCAGCCUCUGUUUUAGCAUGGGAUAAUUCCACGCGCGGUCUUGACGCUUCGACUGCUCUUGAUUUCGCCAAGUCGCUGCGAAUUAUGACCAACAUCUACAAGACUACGACCUUUGUCUCGUUGUAUCAGGCUUCGGAGAGUAUUUACAAGCAAUUUGAUAAGGUCCUGGUUAUUGACAGCGGUAGACAAGUCUUCUUUGGCCCUGCUAGCGAAGCACGAGCGUACUUUGAGGGGCUUGGGUUCAAAGAAAAGCCUCGCCAAACCACUCCCGACUACCUCACGUCGUGUACGGAUCCAUUUGAAAGGGAGUACAAAGAGGGACGGGACCCUUCUAACGUUCCAUCUACGCCUGAGGCACUCGCAGCGGCCUUCGAUAACUCUAUCUACAGUCAGAAUCUUGCCACAGAAAUGAACGAAUACCGCCAGCAGAUACAUCAUGAGAAGCAGGUCUACGAAGAUUUCGAGAUUGCCAACCAAGAGGCGAAGCGUAAAUUCACUUCCAAGUCAUCAGUCUACCUCAUCCCAUACUACCUGCAAGUCUGGGCUCUGAUGCGGCGCCAGUUCCUUAUCAAAUGGCAAGACAAGUUUGCCCUCAAUGUCUCCUGGAUUACUUCCACCGGUGUGGCUAUUAUUCUCGGAACCGUCUGGCUAAAUCUUCCCAAAACCAGUGCCGGCGCGUUUACUAGGGGUGGUCUUCUUUUUACCAGCUUCCUUUUCAACGGCUUCCAAGCAUUUUCCGAGCUUGCUUCGACUAUGAUGGGUCGGGCCCUUGUGAACAAGCAUCGGCAAUUUACCUUUUACAGACCAAGCGCACUGUUCAUUGCUCAAAUAAUCGUUGAUGCCACGUUCGCGAUUGCCAGGAUCCUCGUUUUCAGCGUCAUAGUCUACUUCAUGUGCGGCCUUGUCAGGGAUGCAGGGGCAUUCUUCACUUUUGUGCUGCUCAUUUUUACGGGCUAUAUCAACAUGUCUGUCAUCUUCAGAACCAUCGGUUGCCUGUCGCCUGCUUUCGAUCACGCAAUGAACUUUGUAUCUGUCUUGAUCACUUUGUUUAUACUAACGUCUGGAUACCUUGUUCAGUGGCCUAAUGCGCAGGUUUGGCUACGAUGGUUUUACUAUAUCAACCCCUUCGGGCUUGGAUUUGCUAGCUUGAUGGUCAACGAAUUUAAAAGCCUCAAUAUGACCUGUACCAGCGAGUCCCUAAUCCCAAAUGGUGAUGGAUACACCGAUAUGAACCACCAAGUGUGUACGCUUGCUGGAGGUGAAGCAGGUUCCCCAAUAAUUCCUGGUCAGAGCUAUUUAUCGACCACAUUCAACUAUAACAGAGAGGAUCUCUGGAGGAACUUUGGCAUCAUGGUGGCCCUCAUCAUUGCUUUCUUAGGGAUGAAUCUGUACUUCGGUGAAGUUGUUAGGUUUAACGCUGGCGGCAAGACCGUCACCUUCUAUCAGAAGGAAAAUGCUGGGCGGAAGAAACUGAACAAAGCACUGGACGAAAAGCGCGCUGCUCGACAGUCGAACGACCUUGGUGGCCCUGGAGCCGAUAUAUUGCUGACAUCGAAGCCAGUCCUAACAUGGGAAGAUGUAUGCUAUGACGUUCCUGUGCCGUCCGGCACUCGACGACUGCUGCACAACAUCUACGGUUACGUACAGCCUGGUAAACUGACGGCCUUGAUGGGCGCAUCCGGAGCGGGGAAGACGACCCUGCUUGACGUUCUCGCCGCGCGAAAGAACAUUGGCGUAAUUUCUGGCGACAUUUUGGUAGAUGGUGCCAAGCCUGGUACAUCGUUCCAACGAGGCACUUCCUAUGCAGAGCAAAUGGAUGUCCAUGAACCUAUGCAGACGGUGCGCGAGGCACUGCGUUUCUCAGCCGACCUUCGUCAAUCGUAUGACGUCCCGCAGUCGGAGAAAUAUGCUUAUGUGGAAGAGAUCAUCUCUCUGCUGGAGCUGGAGAAUCUUGCAGAUGCAGUGAUUGGCACGCCUGAGACUGGCCUGUCUGUCGAGGAGAGGAAGCGUGUCACUAUCGGUGUUGAGCUGGCAGCGAAGCCGGAAAUGCUGCUAUUUUUGGAUGAGCCUACUUCUGGUCUGGACAGCCAAUCUGCGUUCAAUAUUGUUCGAUUCCUCCGCAAGCUUGCUGCCGCGGGACAGGCUAUUUUAUGUACUAUCCACCAGCCGAACUCUGCUCUUUUCGAGAACUUUGACCGGUUGCUGUUGCUGAAGAGUGGAGGCGAAUGUGUGUACUUUGGCGAUAUUGGAGAAGAUUCAAGUACACUACUCGCUUACUUCCGGCGUAACGGUGCAGAGUGUCCUCCUGAUGCGAACCCCGCUGAGUGGAUGCUUGACGCCAUUGGCGCUGGUUCGACUCGCCAUCUUGGAAACUGUGACUGGGUUGAGUUCUGGAGAGCGUCACCGGAGAGGGAGCGGGUCAAACAAGAGAUCGCUGAAAUAAAGAGUCGACGCGCUGAGGAGGCUAGACGGAAUCAAGCAACGAAGCCGGUUGAGAAGGAAUACGCAACUCCACUUUGGCACCAGAUCAAGACUGUUUGUAAGCGGACGAAUAUCGUCUUCUGGCGCUCUCACAAGUAUGGCUUCACUCGGCUCUUCACCCACUUCAACAUUUCUCUGAUCACCGGUCUUGCGUUCCUGCAACUCGACGACUCCCGAGCUUCGCUGCAGUACCGCAUCUUCGUCCUGUUCAACGUCACAGUUAUCCCAAUUAUCAUCAUUCAAAUGGUCGAGCCUCGAUACGAGAUGUCGCGGUUAGUAUUUUAUCGAGAAGCCGCGUCAAAGACAUACAAGGACUUCGCCUUUGCCGUGUCUAUGGUCGUCGCCGAAAUCCCAUACUGCAUCAUGUGCGGGAUUAUCUUCUUCGUCUUCCUUUACUAUAUCCCCGGUUUUCAAGGCGCCUCCGACCGGGCGGGCUACCAGUUCUUCAUGAUCAUGAUCACGCAAUUGUUCGCCGUGACAUUGGGUCAAAUGAUUCAAGCCCUUACUCCCAACAGCAUGAUCGCAUCCCAGUGCAACCCGCCACUCAUGAUCUUGUUCAGUUUAUUCUGCGGCGUCAUGAUCCCGAAACCUCAGAUGCCGAAGUUCUGGCGAGUCUGGUUCUACGAACUCGACCCGUUCACGCGCAUCAUCAGCGGGAUGGUCACGACGGAACUGCACGAACGCCCUGUUGUCUGUACUCCAGGCGAGUACAACCGGUUCCAGGCUCCCGCCGGCCAGACUUGCGGCGAGUACAUGCAGUCAUUCUUCGACCGAGGUGGGAUUGGAUACCUGGCCAACAAUGCGACUCAGAAUUGCGAGUACUGUGCUUAUCGAGUUGGAGACGAGUAUUACCAGGCCUUCGAGAUGAGCUUUGACCACCGGUGGAGGGAUUUGGGCAUUUAUGCGGCUUUUGUCGGGUCUAACCUGAUAAUUUUGUUCAUGGCUGUAAGACUUUCUGAUUUGCAGGCUCUCCCUUCUGGUGAUUGGCUUACUUACUAA